ACGCGCUCCGGGGACACUCGCAUACAAACCACACAGUUCGUCUAGAACUCUCCAGAACGGGGUUUCUGCGAAUCGAUCUCUAUCAAAUCGCAUUCUAUCUGGUUCUAUCCUGAAAUCCGUUUCAUGGAUUACGAAUCGGACUUUCCCGAUCAUGUUCCUCCGUCCUUCGAUCGAUCGAAAUUUGGGGAGAAAGAUGUGGAAGCAAAAGGGUUUAACCCAGGAUUGAUCGUGUUGCUGGUUGUGGGCGGGCUACUCAUAACUUUCCUUGUGGGGAACUAUGUACUAUACAUGUAUGCCCAAAAGACACUGCCACCAAGAAGAAAGAAGCCAAUUUCCAAGAAGAAGCUGAAACGGGAGAAGCUGAAGCAAGGCGUUUCAGUGCCAGGCGAAUAAUCAAGCAUCCAUUCGUCAUGAACUCAUGUCCAGCAGUAGUACCGUAAGUUUGCUUGAACUACUUUUUGUUGGUUUUAAAGAAUAGAUUGGUAAAAGCUUGCUUGAUAGUUUAGACAUCACCCAGCAUCUGGUAAUCAACUUGGUUUUUUGUUCUUUUUGGCUAUUAAUUUCACCAUUUUUACCUUGUUCAUGUG